AUGAAGUCGGAAAAAACUGCAGACCACUCCGACACACCCCUCAAAGAUCCGGUCAACCUCCAUCUCCACCUCCAGCCCGGCCAGGCACCGCAGCCAUCACACUACACUCUGGCACGAGCAAACGCUGUGCGCAUUGGUCCUCGCCAACUCCAGGCGCCAGCCCACGUGCAGAUCGCUCCAGCCCAACAUUCCCAAAUCGGGCCCGGAAACCAGAUCGGGCCUGCAACUCCAGCUCCCGCUCCCCGCCGUCGGGCGAUGCCAGACAUCACCUGGCUUGAGGCGGCGAACCUCUGCUCGCCGAGGGCUCUCCCUGGCCGAGCUUCUCCGCCUCCAGCACCGGCCGCGUCCUGUCGCCUCCCGACGACGCCGCCGCUCCACUCCACCCCCUGCUCGCCGCUGCAGACCUCGUCGGGCUCCACCACAACGUCGUGCCGCCACACCUCCGGAUCCCCAGCCAUGCGUCACAGAGGCCCGCGAAGUUCCGCGCCGCUGACCGCACUCGCCAACCGCGCCGCUCAUGACGCCCCGCCUCCACACGUAGGGGCCCCGCCGGCACCCGCCGUCUUCGACGGCCAGGCGUGGCCGCCACCGCCGGCACUGGCGGCGGCAGCGGCCGGAGGAGAUCCAGGCGACGGUCUCUAG